AGAUGAAAGCAGUUUAAAAAUCUUAGUUCUGCCCCUUGCUUUGUAAGAUACGUUCAAGAUUUAUUUAUUUUAUGUAUAUGAGUACUGUAGCUGUCUUCAGACACACCAGAAGAGGGAAUCUGAUCCUAUUACAGAUGGUUGUGAGCCACCAUCUGGUUGCUGGGAAUUGAACUCAGGACCUCUGGAAGAGCAGUCAGUGUUCUUAACCGCUGAGCCAUCUCUCCAACCCCCAACCCCUUUUUUAAAAGAAAUUUUUAAGUUAGAACAUUGGUCACAGUUUAUAUGGAUGUCUUUAAAAAGUCACCAUAAAGGACUGGGGAGCGUGGCUCAGUAAUAGAGCAUUUAUCUACCACAUUGGAUCUGCAGUAUCAUACUAGAGGAUGGGGGAAUGCAUACAGCCACAUGCAUUUUAAAAUAAUUUUAAUCAAAAUUAUAUGAUCUUGAACAAUUUACCUUUUAGGCAUCAUGUCAAAACAAAGAAAUUGGGGCUGGGGAUUUAGCUCAGUGGUAGAGCGCUUACCUAGGAAGCGCAAGGCCCUGGGUUCGGUCCCCAGCUCCGGAAAAAAAAAAAAAAAAAAAACAAAGAAAUUUAAAAAUUAUAAGUAUCAGGCUGAUCAGAAACUUUGUAGAUUAUUUAGGGAAUAUUAAAAACAAUCUUCGGGGUUGGGGAUUUAGUUCAGUGGUAGAGUGCUUGCCUAGCAAGCACAAGGCCCUGGGUUUGGUCCCCAGCUCCAAAAAAAAGAAAAAAAAAACAAAUAAAAACAAUCUUCAAAAGUAAAUAUUGCUCUUAGAAAGCUAAGACAGAAAGAUUGAUCACUGCAAGUUUAAGGUUAGCUGGGGCUAAAGAAAGAGAAGAACCCUGUAUCAAAAAUCAAGGACAAGGGUUACAGAGAUGGCUCAGUCGUUAAGAGCACUGACUGCUCUUCCAGAGGUCCUGAGUUCAAAUCCUAGCAACCACAUAGUGGCUCACAACCAUCUGUAAUGGGAUCUGAUGCCUUCUUCUGGUGGGUCUGAAGACAGGUACAGUGUACUCAUGUUCAUGAAGUAAAUAAUAAUAAAAAAAAAAUCAACUGACAAGGGGACGAGAAAGCUCAGUGGAUAGCUCACUUGCUGCCAAAUCUGAUGGCCCUGAGUUUGAUUCCUCGAACCUCUGUGAUGGAAGGAGAAAACCAACUCUUUCAGGUUGCCCUCUAACAUAUAUACCACAGCAAGCUCUCCAACACAUAAAAACCCAUGAAAAAGAUAUGUUACAUUUUCUUAAAGUUGAAUAUUCAACUCAGUCUAACCAACUUUCAGUCAGAUGAUAAGUCAUAAUUUGUAGAUAUAAUUUUUUUUUUUUUGGUUCUUUUUUUCGGAGCUGGGGACCGAACCCAGGUCCUUGCACUUCUUAGGCAAGCGCUCUACCACUGAGCUAAAUCCCCAACCCCGUAGAUAUAAUUUUUUAAUUCAGUGGAUAUACUCUCCAGUCCCUCACUCCUUUCUUAAAAAGGCAACUGCCACUGGAUAAAUUGAAAUAUCUAAGUCUACUUGCUAUUUUGAAACAGCACAAAGUUACAUAAUUCUGUAUUUAAAUAAUUUGCUAAUGAGUUCAAAUUAUCUUCUGUAUAGUCAAUACAACAUAAUAUGCUUUUUGGUCUAUGUACUCCUUCACAUUUAUAUUACUGAUAUUUUUUCCCCAUUUCUUUGAUUUCUAAUCUGAGUUCCUUUAACUUGUUUCUCUAUAAUAGACUAUAUUGCUUAGUGAAUUAAUUACUAACUUAGGGUAGUGUGUGAUUUUACUGUAUUUAAAGAUGCAGUUAUAUGAUCUCUGCUUUUUGUUUCAAAAGUUUUUUUUUCAGAGAGAUUAUUCUUGUAAGCAUAACUUCUGUGUUAUUAGCACUUAAAGAGUUGGAAUAAAAGCAUCCCAGUGUUGUUACUGCUUCUAGAACAAACUAGUAUCUUUCUGUGGAACAAGUUUGUGUCUGACCUAUAGACUCAGUGUAGCCAGAGUUAACUUGAGUGCAACAAACAUAAAAUCCAUAAAUGUAGUACAAUGAGGGAGGGUACUUUGUUUGUUUGUUUGUUUGUUUAUUGAGGCAGGGUUUUUCUCUGUGUAGACCUUCCUAUCCUGGAACUCACUCUGUAGACCAGGUUGGCCUUGAACUUGCAGAGAUCCACCUGCCUCUACUUCCCAAGUGCUGGGAGUAAGGGCAUUCCCCACUGCCACCCAGCAUGAAUUAAAUAGAUGUCAGUCUCUGUGGCAUUGGCAAAAGCUAGGACAUACCCAAGACUUGGGAGAAAUGUAAACUUUACAGAUUUAGUCACAUGCAAAUUAGACGCUUGGUAAACAUUUGUUCACUUUAGAAUUGUUUAGAACAUUAACAAGGAACAGGACUGUAUCAAGAAUUACUGCCUUUCUAGCUUUCUGUAGAGAUGACUGAGAUGGGGCUCAACUCAGAAGACAGUUAAAAUAAGUGUUAAAAAUUAUUAUUGAGUUCAUAUUGUAAAGAAUUUAGUAGUGGUAGUCUUUUCUCUAACCCAACUACCUCCCAAAUAAUCUAGACAGAGACUAUAUUUUUGUUAAAUAAUUUUUUCUUUUUUCUUUCAUUGGUUAUUUUCUUUAUUUACAUUUCAAAUAUUAACCCUUUCCCCAGUUUCUCCUCUGGAAAUCCCCCAUCCCACCCCGCACCCCCGCCUCAAUGAGGGUGCUCCCCCCCAGCCACCCACUCCUUCCUCCCUGCCCUGGCAUCCCCUACACUGGGGCAUCGAGCCUUCACAGGUCCAAGGGGUUCUUCCAUUGAUACUGAACAAGGAGCCAUGAGUCACUCCAUGUGUACUACUCUUUGGUUGGUGGUUUAGUACUUGGGAAGUGGAAGGGGUGGGGGUAGGUCUGGUUAGUUGAUAUUAUUGUUCUUCCUAUGGGAUUACAAACCCCCUCAGCUACCUCAGUCCUUUCUUUAAUUUCUCCAUUGGGGAUCGUAUUCUUAGUUCAAUGGUUGACUGUGAGUAUCUGUCUCUAUUUGUCAGGCUCUGGCAGAGCCUCUUGGGAGACAGCUAUAUAAAGUUCCUGUCAGCAUGCACCUCUUGGCAUUCUCAUUGGGGACUGGGUUUGGUGACUGGAUAUGGGAUGGAUCCCUAUGUGUGGCAGUCUCUGGAUGGCCUUUGGUUCAGUCUCUGCUCCACACUUUCUAUUUCCUCCUGUGAGUAUUUCGUUCCCCCCCUUUUUUUUUUUUUUUUGGUUCUUUUUUUCGGAGCUGGGGACCGAACCCAGGGCCUUGCGCUUCCUAGGUAAGCGCUCUACCACUGAGCUAAAUCCCCAGCCCCUCGUUCCCCUUUUAAAGAAGGACUGGAGCGUCUGCACUUUGAUUGUCCUCCUUGAGUUUCAUAUGGUCUGUGGAUUGUAUCUUGGGUAAUUCCAGCUUUUGUGCUAAUAUCCACUUAUCAAUGAGUGCAUGUCAUGUGUGUUCUUUUGUGAUUGGGUUACCACACUCAGGAUGAUAUUUUCUAGUUCCAUCCAUUUGCCUAAAAUUUUCAUGAAGUCACUGUCUUUGUUUUGUUUUGUUUUUUUAAAAGAUUUAUUUAUUUAUUAUAUAAGUAUACUGUAUCUGUCUUCAGACACACCAGAAGAGAGUGUGUCUCAUUACAGAUCAUUGUGAGCCAUCAUGUAGUUGCUGGGAUUUGAACUCAGAAUCUCUGGAAAAACAGUCAGUGCUCUUAACCACUGAGCCAUCUCUCCAGCCCUGAAGUCAUUGUUUUUAAUAGCUGAAUAGUACUCCAUUGUGUAAAUAUACCAUGUUUUCUAUAUACAUUCCUCUGUUGAAGGACAUCUGGGUUCUUUCCAGCUUUUCUGGCUAUUAUAAAUAAAGCUUCUAUGAAAAUAGUGGAGCAUGUGUCCUUGUUAUAUGUUGGGACAUUUUUGGGUAUAUACCCAGGAGAGGUAUAGCUUGGUCCUCAGGUAGUAGUAUGUCCAAUUUUCUGAGGAACCUCCAGGGUGGUUGUACCAGUUUGCAAUCUGACCAACAGUGGAGGAGUUGUCUUUCUCCACAUCCUCCCCAGCAUCUGCUGUCACCUGAGUUUUUGAUCUUCGUCAUUCUGACUGGUGUGAGGUGGAGUCUGAGGGUUGUUUUGAUUUGCAUUUCCCUGAAGAUGUUGAACAUUUCUUUAGGUGCUUCACAAACAUUCUUAACUGAGAAUUCCUCGUUUAGCUCUGUACCCCAUUUUUUAAUAGGGUUAUUUGAUUUUUGAGUUCUUUGUAUAUAUUGGAUAUUAGCCCUCUAUUGAAUAUAAGAUUGGUAAAGAUCUUUUCCCAAUCUGUUGGUUGCCAUUUUGUCCUAAUGACAGUGCCCUUUGCCUUAACAGAAGCUUCACAGUUUUGUGAGGUUCCAUUUGUCAAUUCUUGAUCUUAGAGCAUAAGCCAUUGUUGAAAUUUUCCCCAGUGUCCAUGGGUUUGAGGCACUUCCCCACUUUCUCUUCUAUUAGUUUCAGUGUAUCUGGUUUUAUGUGGAGGUUCUUGAUCCACUUGGACUUGAACUUUGUGCAAGAAGUUACAAAUGGAUCAAUUUCCAUUCUAUAUGCUGACCAACAGUGGGACCAGCACCAUUUGUUGAAUAUGCUGUCAUUUUUCCUCUGGAUGGUUUUAGCUCCUUUGUCAAAGAUGAAGUGACCAUAGAUAGGUGUGUGGGUUCAUUUGUGGGUCUUCAAUUCUAUUCCAUUGGUCUACCUGCCUGUCUCUGUACCAAUACCAUGCAGUUUUAUCACCAUUGCUCUGUAAUACAGCUUGAGGUUGGGGAUCAUGAUUUCCCCCAGCAGUUCUUUUAUUGUUGAGAAUUGUUUUCGCUAGCCUGAGUGUUUUGUUACUCCAAAUGAUGUGGAAAUUGUUUUCUAACUCAGUGAAGAAUUUAGUUGGAAUUUAGAUGUAGAUUGCUUUUGGUAAGAUGGUAAGAUAGUCAUUUUUACUAUAUUACUAUAUUUUAGUAUAUUAAUCCUGCCAGUUCAUGAGCACUAGAAGGUCUUUCCAUCUUCUGAGAUCUUCAUUUUCUUUCUUCAGAGAUUUGAUGUUUUUGUCAUACAAAUCUUUUCACUUGCUUGGUUAGUGUUACACCAAGAUAUUUUAUAUUAUUUGUGGCUAUUGUGAAGGGUGUCGUUUCCCUAAUUUCUCAGCUUGUUUAUCUUUUGAAUACAGGAAAGCUAUUGAUUUGUUUAAUUUUAUAUCCAGUCAUUUUCUGAAGUUGUUUAGCAGGUUUAGGAGUUCUCUGGUUGAAUUUUUGGGGUCACUUAAGUAUCCUAUCAUUUCAUCUGCAAAUAGUGAUAUUUUGAUUCCUUCCUUUGCAAUUUGUAUUCCUUUGACCUUUUGUUCUCUAAUUGCUCUGGCUAGGACUUCAAAUACUAUACUGACUAGGUAGGGAGAGAGUGGGCAGCCUUGUCUGCUCCCUGAUUUUAGUGGGAUUGCUUAAAGUUUCUCUCUAUUUAGUUUGAUGUUGGCUGCAGGUUUGCUGUAUAUUGCUUUUACAAUGUUUAGGUAUGGGCCUUGAAUUCCUGAUCCUUCUAAGACUUUUAUCAUGAAGGGAUGUUGAAUUUUGUCAAAUGCUUUCUCAGCAUCUAAUGAGAUGAUCAUGUGGGAUUUUUUGAGUUUGCUUAUCUAGUAGAUUACAUUGAUGGAUUUCUGUAUAUUGAAGCAUCCCUGCAUCUCUGGCAUGAAUCCUACUUGAUCAUGAUGGAUGAUCAUUUUGAUGUGUUCUUGGAUUCAGUCUUCGAGAAUUUUAAUGAGUAUUUUUGCAUAGAUAUUCAUAAGGGAAAUUGGUCUGAAGUUCUCUUUGUUGGGUUUUUGUGUGGUUCAGGUAUAAGCAUAAUUUUGGCUUUAUAGAAAAAAUUGGGUAGUAUCCCCUCUUUCUGUUUUGUGGGAUAGUUUGAAGAGUAUUGGUAUUAGGUCUUCUUUGAAAGUCUGUUAGAAUUCUGCACUAAACCCUGUUAGUCCUGGGAUUUUUUUUGUUGUUGUUGGGAGACUUUUAAUAUCUGCUUCUACUUUUUUAGGGAUUAUGGGACUGCUAAAUGGUUUAUCUGAUCUUUAUUUAACUUUGGUACCUGGUAUCUAUCUAGAAAAUUGCUAAAUUCCCCCCAUAUUUUCCAGUUUUGUUGUGUAUAGGCUUUUGUAGGAUCUAAUAAGUUUUUGAAUUUCCUCAGUUUCUGUUAUGUCUCCCUUUUCAUUUCUGAUUUUUGUUAAUUUAGAUACUGUCUUUGUGCCCUCUGGUUAGUCUGGCUAAGGGUUUAUCUAUCUUGUUGAUUUUCUCAAAGAACCAACUCCCCAGUUUUGUUGAUCUUUGUAUAAUUUCUUUUUGUUUCUACUUGGUUGAUUACAGUCCUGAGUUUGAUUAUUUCCUGCCAUCUACUCAUCUUGGGUAUAUUUGCUUCUUUUUAUUUUAGAACUUUCAGGUGUGCUGUCAAGCUGCUCUCUCCAGUUUCUUUUUGGAGGCACUCAGAGAUACGAGUUUUCCUCUUAGCACUGCUUUCAUUGUGCCCCAUAAGUUUUGAGUAUUUUGUGCCUUUUUAUUAAAUUCUAUCUUUAUUCUUUCCUUGACCAACUUAUCAUUGAGUAGAGUGGUCAAUUUCCAUGUGAAUGUGUGCUUUCUGUCCUUUUUGUUGUUAUUGAAGACCAGCCUCAGUUUGUGGUGAUCUGAUAGGAAUCAAGGGAUUAUUUCAAUCUUCUUGUAUGUGUUGAGGCCUGUUUUGCGACCAAUUAUAUGGUCAGUUUUGAAGAAGGUACCAUCUGGUGCUGAGAAGGUAUAUUUUGUUUUAGUGUGAGAUAUUCUAUAGAUAUUUGGUUCAUAACUUCUGUUAGUUUCACUGUGUCUCUGUUUAAUUUGUUUCCAUGAUCUGUCCUUUAAUAAGAGUGGGGUGUUUAAGUCUUCCAUUAUUGUGUGAGGUGCAAUGUGUGCUGUGGGCUUUAUUGAAGUUUCUUUUAUGAAUGUGGGUGCCCUUGCAUUUGGAGCAUAGAUGUUCAGAAUUGAAAGUUCAUCAUGGUAGAUUUUUCCUUUGAUGAGAAUAAAGUAUUCUUCCUUGUCUUUUUUUGAUAACUCUUGGUUGAAAGUUGAUUUUAUUCGAUAUUAGAAUGACUACUCCAGCUUGUUUCUUGGGAUCAUUUGCUUGGAAAAUUGUUUUCCAGCCUUUUACUCUGAGGUAAUGUCUGUCUUUGUCACUGAGGUGCAUUUCCUGUAUGCAGCAAAAUGCUGGGUCCUGUUCAUGUAAGGAAAAGUGAUUGUCCUGUGGCUGUCUUCUUUUGGGCAUGUUGAAAGAUUACUUUCUUGCUUUUUCUUGGGUGUAGUUUGCCUCCUUGUUUUGGAGUUUUCCAUCUAUUAUCCUUUGUAGGACUGGAUUUGUGGAAAGAUACUGUGUAACUUUGUUUUUGUCAUGGAAUAUCUUGAUUUUUUUCCAUCUAUGUUAAUUGAGAGUUUUGCUGGGUAUAGUAGCCUGGGCUGGCAUUUGUGUUCUCUUAGGGUCUGUAUGACAUCUGUCUAGGAUCUUCUGGCUUUCAUAGUCUCUGAUGAAAGGUCUAAUAGGUCUGCCUUUAUAUGUUACUUGACCCUUUUCCCUUACUGCCUUUAAUAUUCUUUCUUUGUUUUGAUUAUUAUGUGACAGAAGGAGUUUCUUUUCUGUCCCAGUCUAUUUGGAAUUCUGUAGGCUUCUUCUUGUAUGUUCAUGUGCAUCUCUUUCUUUAGGUCAGGGAAGUUUUCUUCUAUAAAUUUGUUGAAGAUAUUUACUGGGCCUUUAAGUUGGGAAUCUUCCCUCUCUCCUAUAACUAUUAUCCUUAAGUUUUGGUCUUUUCAUUGUGUCCUGGAUUUCUUGGCUGUUUUGGAUUAGGAGGUUUCUUUGCAUUUUGCAUUUUCUUUGACUAUUGUGUCAAUGUUUUCUGCCCCUGAGAUUCUCCAUUCUGUCUCUUGUAUUCUGUUGGUGAUGUUUGCAUCUAUGACUCCUGAUCUCUUUCCUGGUUUUCUAUCUUCAAGGUUGUCUCCUUUUGUGACUUCUUUACUGUUUCUCUUUUCAUUGUUAGAUCCUGAAUGGUUUUGUUCAAUUCCUUCACCUAUUUGGUUGUGUUUUCCUGUACCCUUUAAGGGCUUCUACCUGUUUACCUGUGUUCUCCUGUAUUUUUUUAAAGGGGGUUAUUUAUGUCCUUCCUAAAGUCCUCUAUCAUCAUCAUGAGAUGUGAUUUUUAAGUUCAGAUCUUGCCUUUCUGGUGUGUUGGGGUAUCCAGGACUUGCUGUAGUGAGAGAAUUGGGUUCUGAUGAUGCCAAGUAGCCUUGUUUCUGUUGCUUAUGUUGUUGCACAUGCCUCUGGCCAUCUGGUUAUCUCUAGUGUUACCUGCUCUUGCUGUCUCUGAUUGCAGCCUGUCCCUCCUGUGUUCCUGGUUGUGUCAGAACUCCUCAGAGACCAACUGUCUCUGUGAUCCUGUGAUCCUGAGAUCCAGGUUGUGUCUGAUUUUUCUGGAAAUCAAGCUCCUCUGUGAUCCUGUGAUCUUGUUUCAGAGCACCUCUGAUCCUUGAUGUGUUAGAGCACCUGGGAGCUGGGCUUCCUCUGGGUGUUGUGGGACUGGGUGUGGAGCCAGUGCUCAAGGUCUGCUCAGAGUCGUGGUUCAGACUGGAAGGGAACCUGAGACACUGGCUCGGUGGGUGUCCCUGCAUCCCGGGUGACCCAGGUACUCCUGGUGUAUGGGCAGUUGUGGCCUCCUCACCCCUGAUGCUGGGUGUGUUAGAGCACCUGGGUGUUGUGUAAAUAAGUUUUAUAACACAACAACUGAGCAAGUGUUAAUCUCUUCUAAUCCUCCAAACUAAUAGAUCUGCUUCUGAGCCAACACCUCUUACUCUAAUCCUCAAACUAAUAGAUCUGCUUCCGAGCCAACACCUCUUAUUCUCAUCCUCCAAACUAAUAGAUCUGCUUCUGAGCCAACACCUCUUAGACCCUUGCAUUUUAGUAUUGAUCUGGCUCUCUGCUUCAUUCCUUUUCUCAUACUGGUCCCUCACCUCAUGGCCAGAUCUCUCCUCUCUAUCCCAAUCCUUGCUGGACUUGGAAGUCCAGCCCUGUUCUCACCUCUGCUCCAUCAUUAGCUGCUCUUGUGCUCUCUCUUUCUCUCCAAAGUAGGAAAUAAAUAGAGUUGUGUUUUUACAACACUGAGACAGGAGAUAACUGGAAUAACAGUGCCACAUCCUGAUCGCAACCAGAUAUUGGAGCAGAGAAAUGAGCAUUUGAAUAAUGCAAGGAUUAAAAAAUAACGUGCCAAGUCUAAAGUAGAAUGAUUAAACUUCAGUUACAAUUUAGAUGUGUAAAGCAAAAACUUUUAAGUUGCAAUGUCUAUAGUUACAGCUUACUAAGGCUGAGUCUGAGCUAAGUAGUGUUCAGAUUGCACCAUAGGAGAUGGAUCACUAUAUUUGUACUUCAAGUGUUGAUGGUUUGUGUUUUGAGUCAACUGAAGGUCCUACUUCCUCUGCCAAGUGUAUCAUGCCCAGCUUUGCAUUUGUGUUUUUGAAUUGGAUUUUGGGGGGAGGUGUUAAUAUGUCCCAGUGUUUUGCCUGCAUAUACUAUGUCUGUGUGCCACAUGUGUGCCUGGUGUCAACAGAGGCCAGAAGAGGGGUUAAGAUCCCUGAAGUUACAGACAGUUGUUAGCUACCAAGCAGGUGCUGAGAAUUGAGUCUGGGCCCUCUGGAAGAGAACUGUUACGAAGAACAAAGACAGAUUUACCUAAAAAAUAAUUAGAAAUAACAUAUAAGGACUGUAAAAUAACAGAAAAGCCUAUGACUAUUUAAAUUAACCAUCUAAAUAGGAAUAAAAUCUCCAAUCGACUUAUACUAAUUUUUCUUUCAAGAAAGGACUCGUGACCUUUUAUAGUUUGGUUUUGCUUAUGACAUCUUUGUUAAUAGAAAUGAUAAAACUGGGGUUGGGGAUUUCGCUCAGUGGUAGAGCGCUUGCCUAGCAAGCACAAGGCCCUGGGUUCAGUUCCCAGCUCCGAAAAAAAGAAAGAAAAAAAAAAGAAAAGAAAAGAAAUGAUAAAACUAUAUAAAUUUCCACAUCAAUUAAAACAGUUUCUCUAUAUGAGCUUGUUUCAAGCCAUAAAUACAACCAAAUUGUAUGUUGCUUUAUAGUUUAUAGAAAUUUUAUUUUAAUAUUUAUAAUUUUUAUUUGAAGAUUUAUAAUAGAGUAAAUAUUUCAUUUUAAGACUUAUAGUCAAAAUAGCUUUAUUGAUGUGCUGUUACCCCUCUGAGCAAUCCAGCUAGAUAUAGGUCUGAGGAAAGUGAGUUUCUUCUCUACAAAAUUAAAAUAAAGUUUAGUCAGUUCCCUAAGAUGACUAUAAUAAAGGCCAGAUUCAUUAGUGUUGAGCAGGUCAUAAUUUUUAGUUAGAAGUUUAGACAUAAUUGAGUUUUGACUAUAAAUGCCCAGAGACUGUUACUUUGGUAUGGAUCUUUUAUACCAUCACAAUGACAUAGAAUAGAGAACAAGAUAGAGCUGAGCAAACUUGACAACUGUGGAAUGUUAGGGUAAAAGAGUAUAAGGCAUUCAGCAGAUUCCAGUGGUCCUAAGAGUAGAAAGGAGGCAGGAAGAAAAGGGUGAAAGAGAAGCUGAUAAAUUCAAUGAUAUAAAUAGGGAAAACUCAAGUUUGUGUCUGAGAAUUACAUAGGUAAUUACCUACCCUAGGCCACCUUAUGGCUAUGACUGCCACGUGGAUGCAGAUACCUACAAAGUUUCUUGCAAAAGAAGUCAUUUUUGUGCCUUCAAACUAAAUCACUAAUUACCUCUAUGAGCUUUCAGGCAACACUGUUAUUAAAUGACCCAGACAGACCUGUCCUUAUAUAAUUGUAGCUUUUCAGUACAAGGAACCUAAAAGAUGGCAGCACCCACUUAUAAAAGCACACUUGAGCUCAAUAAAAAUGCGCUGGUCUCUCCUUGGAAAGGGCAGUUAAUUAUUCAGGGUUGUGUGCUGUGUGAUGUGACUCUUCGGUCUACUUACCGCACAGAGGCUCCCGGACAGCUGCCCCAGGAACUAGAUUUUAAGCAUGUAAUGAAAGUGUCUUCUCUAAAAGAAAGCCUACCAGAAGCUGCCUUUAGAAGACGGAAUUACUUGGAGCAGAAAGUCUGUUGUCAAGAUUUAUGCUUUGAUUUAUAUGAAGUUGAAUUGUCAAACAAACAAGGAGAAAACAUAGAUAAGCUAAUGGAAUAUGUUAAAAAUAAGGAAUUGGCACUCAUCAAAUGCUUAGAAGAUAGGGGCUUUUUCAUUUUACUUACGUCAUCAGCCUUAAUUCCAGAACCAGACUUUGGAGAUGAGCAGCUGGGUCUACAUGCUUUGCAUUUAUUCCAGGCACCUCAGGCAGCAGGAUCAAAGGACUUGAAAGUUGAAGAUGGCAUCUCUUUAAAAGUGAUACCUAUUUUACCUGCCCUUAGUUAUGCACUUCUAGAAGCAAAGAAGUCACUUUCUGAAGAAGCAAUCCCUCCAAACAUCUUAGUAAAACAUAGUUUUCAAGACCUGUACAAGGUGGACAAAAGCCUUUCCUUGAUGGCUCCUCCUCAGGAUGGACUGAAAGAUGCUGCACCCACUGGGGGACUGCCCCACGCUUUUGACUUGGCUCCCGCACUUGAAACGUGCCCUUCGGAGUCCUUGGCUCAGUUGAAGUGUUAUUUUUCAGACCCUGCUGGGUAUACUCUGGAUCUGUCUGCUGCUUUGGAUUUGUUGCCAGAGCAUCCUCAGUUCCCUUGUAUUUCAGACGGGGUUUGUGAUGCUGGAUUUUCAUUAGUUAUGACACCAGAUCCUGAAUUUCUUGACUCAGAGAUGGAAAUAAGAAAAGAAACUGAAACAGCAGAGAAGCCUGGGAGAACGUUGAAAGUGAAGAAGAAAGGUGUGACUCCAUCGACUCCAUCUUCAAAUCAGAGAGUUCAGCCAAAGAGGAAGGCUAGCACGUCAGUUAUCACACUGCCAAGUAAGCGCGUGAGCCUGGGCCGCCCCACUUCUAAAAGAACUGCACCCAGAACAGACAGGUCGUGCAACCCAACGCUAAAGCUGGCUAAAGGGCAGUUUCCUCAGAGAAAAAGAGGUGCAGAAGUGCUGACUGCACAAAUUGUACAGAAAACCAGACUAGAGAGAAAAAAGCAAGAUGUUUCUGUAUCUAAAGAUGGUCCAGUGCCUGCAAAUGCCAAAAGAGCAAAGAAGCAAGAGAAAUCUCCAGGAAGAGUUGCAUCACGGCCUAAGCCACCCGUUAAAAAAUCUCCACAAAAACGGAAGGUAAAUGUAGCAAGAGGCCGUCGGAAUACCAAAGUCAGAAAGCAGCUCCAACCUGCCAAAAAAGAAAUUGCUUUACAUCUUCAAUCAGAAAUGUCAUUAGACGGUCAAAAAGAUGGACUUAACCUACUAAGUACUUCUCAACCAGAAAGCAUUGCAGUGAUUCCUAAAGGGCCUCCCGAGAACUCCAUCGUCAGCUGUGAUUCCCAGGCCCUAAAUAUGUUAGCUGAUCUGGCAUUAAGCUCUGCUGCUUCUCCUAUACCGUCUUGUGAGCUCAGGAGUUUUCCCUGCUUCUCUGAAUUGCCUCAAAACAAUGUUUUACUGACUAAAGAAAGUGCAUUGCAUGGUGCCUCUGACCAUGAAUAUCAUAAGGGAGUUAAAAGUCAAAAAGCUGUACAACUACCCAAACCGUACUCUGACGAGAAGAUUAGUUCAGAGUCAAACUUAACUCAUAGCCAAGAAGAAAACUUGGUGCCAAGUGCUCAGCCUCUCGCUGUGGCCCAGUCAGCACCCCAUGAGGAAGCCCAGGAGUUUUCUGAUGCCAGCCAGAACUCUGUUGUUGUGGAGCAUUCGUACGCCUUGCUCCUUGCUGAGCAGUCAAAGAAACAUCUGCAUCCGCGGAAGCUACCAAGCCCUGGCUUUGUGAAGAAUGGGGCCAAAGGCUCUGAGGCUGGAACACCCAUCGGAAAGGUCAUGCCAUUUCGGCAUCUACAGAGCGCCUCCCCUCUUCAAAAGCACUCUGAAGAUUCAUUGACCAAGCGUAAAAGUCCGUUUGUAUCUUCGAGCCUUAGAGAGUUUUUUUGCUCUCAUACUAUUCUUAGUUGUGAUGGCUCCUUUAAGAUUACUUUCAAAUGUGAAGGAGAAUAUGUUUUCAGCUUAGACAGCAAAUACACCAGCAACCCACUAGAGAAAACUGUUGUGAGAGCAUUACAUGGACCCUGGAACACUGAUUUUCCUGAAAAUAUGGACGAUGUGAAGCUUUUACUUCAUAUAUGGGUAGCUCUGUUCUACAGCAAAAAGAACAAAGCCGUCGGGUCACCUCGAAAGGUAGUAGAACACAAAAAUCCAGCAAAAUAUGUAUGCAUAAAUAGGUCUUUAGAAUCUUUGGAUCACAGUGAAAUUGAGGAGUUUUCCAAUGUGGAAAGACCCUCUGUUGGAGGGUCUGUAGACCCUCUGUUGGAGACUAAGGAAACACACAUUGGUCAUGCCACCAAUAUGACCUUUCCUGGACCUAAACGCGUGCUUCCUUUCAUUAAUCCACCAACUACCAGAGACUUGGAACUCUGUGUACAGAAUGACCAGAAAGAAGUAUUUACAGGGGAGUGUCACCUGGAUACUUCAGGAAGCCAGAAUUUCAUCUAUUCUUGUAAUACUGAGGUAACUGGAGGUAAAGCCAAACAAGAAUUAUCAAAUAAACUAGAGACUUCUAAUGUUGUGCUUUCGGGUGUUGUAAGUGCCCAAAGUAAUGGAACUUGUAUUCCCAGUGAAGAUAAAGCCUGUCAGAGCACAAAGGUGGUUUCUUGCCGUGACACUGUCACACAAGCCACCUUGACCACAGCUUACGAUGGGGCCAGCAGUGAGUCGAUGCGUCAGAAGUCUGUGUUCCACAACCUUGAGAACAAAGUUGAUACUUUUCACCCAUCACUGCUGAUCAAAACAGGUGCUGUACAGGAUGUUAUCCAGCAUAGCAGCCUCAUAAAUAACGAAUGUCAGCCCUCUGUGGAAAGGAGGGAUGAUAGUGUGGAAUGUAUGAUGGUUAAUCUUGAGCCAGUUACUCUUGCUUUUGAAAAAAGUGCCAGUGUACCAGUACAUACAGAAGUAAAUACAGCCGACAAACCUACAGGCUUUAAUACCGAGCUGGUUAAACAAGUACCCCCUGCCUUGAGUAUUCAGUCUCCUGUGUCUGCAUUGGAAAAGGUAGAAACACAGAGCCCUAGGGAUGUUUCGUCUCUUGCCAUGUCAGAAUAUAAAGAUAGCACGUGCCUUUCUGCCUCUUCAGUAAACGAGGAAACACCUCCUGAAAGCCUGUGUCUAUUACAGAAAGAGAUUCCUCUGACAUCACCAGCUGAUAAAGGAUUGAUAAUGGAGGCACUCUCACUAGUUAAGAGUUCUAGUUAUUCAUUAGCCAGUGAUAAAACAAAGUGCCCACAAGAUGUGUCUCUACAGACUCAGAAUGGCCUGAGCAUGUCUUCAGGUGAGGUUCUAGAACCAUCGCAAGUUAAAGUAGUUUCAUCAACCUCUGUUACCUUGAGGGCACAGCAGUCGCCUAACUGUAUUUCAGUGACGAGUGAUGUAGCAGGUGGCUCUUCAGAAAUAAUGAACAGUGACAACAGUAGUCUAAACCAAAAAAAGGUUUUACAAAUAUUUAAUUCAGUAUUUCCCAAAGAAACUGAUCUGUCACUGAAUAGGGAAGAGGUUAGCAUGGAGUUGUCAGGGGAAGAUGCUGAUAUUGAUCUAACUCUAACAAUAUCACCGCCUACAAGCCCCAGUGAGGAAAUAGCAGCUGGUGAAAUCGAACAGUUGCAGAGGGCCACAGGAUCAAAUGUAGGACAACAGAGUAGACCUGAAGAAAUGGUUGAACCAGAACAACAGGGGAGCCACAUAAAAAACAGAGAAAUAAGUUCAGCUGGCUGCAUCUCAGUGUAUCCUGUGGAAUCCAAAGAAAUGUCAAAAAAUUACACCCCAGAGGUUGCAGAGAAAGUUAAUGUCACCUCGGACUUUCCUUUUGGCCCUCUAAUAGAAGUGUCACCAGCCUCAAGUCCUGACCCCAUAGUACAAACUGGAGACAGACAGUCAUCUCCAUGUUGUUUAAAACUGCAAGACUCACAGUCUGAGAAAACUAACACAUUUUCCCAGAUUAAGUCAGGAGAUUUAACUAUACCAGAAAAAGAAAGUAGUCUUGUUGGUCCUAAGAGUCCAAAGGAACAAGAUAAGUUAGCUCAAACACAAGUGCAGCUCUCAGCUGAAAUGCCACAGAUACUAACUAAUGCAGAAAUAGAGGGCAGAGAUGCUGUGCCUGGGAAGGUAACCGAGGUCACGGUCCCCAGUGAGCAUGAGAAUUUAUCUUUCUCAGAAAAGGUACAGUGCUAUGAUACAGAGUUAAAUAAGCCUACCUCACCUGCCAAAUAUGGAGGUAAUUUUAAGCCUCUUGAGAAACCUGUAAAAUCAGGAAAUUCACUGGAGGCAGAUUGUAUGGAGAACAGAAAUAUGGACAUGAAAUCCCUUGCCUUGGAGUCCAGUGUAUCCUCAUGUAGUCCUAGAAAAGUUGAAAAUAAACCUUUGUCUGACACAUUGGUUUCUGUUACCAUAAAUGGAAUAGUGAAUAUGUCAUUAAAACAGACUAGUUCUCAGAACAUUAAGAAAAAUGUUUGUGACAGUGAUAUAAAAGCAGAGGCUGAUAGUAAUAUGCAGGCUGGGGCAGUGAACUCUGCCUCCAUUGACAAAACUGACAUUCAGGCAUACUUUCAUCCAGAGGACUCCGAGUUUGCGUCUUCCUCUGAGUGUGCUCAGUGCACCGACUACACAAAUCCAGUAAGUGCAGAGCCAGGGUUUCAAACACAGGAAAUACCUGUAGUCAGAAUGGCCAGCUUACUUAAGAAUAUUGGAACAGAGUUACAUGAAGAAAGGAUGGACCUCAGUGCUGUUGCCCUUCAGUCCAACCCCAUGUCUGCAAAAGAUGAACAAAAAAUAAUUCAUCUGCCGCAGGACACAAAGUGUGAAGUAACAGAGCUCUUGAAUGGUGAUUUCUCCCAAAAUGCUCAUUCUUGCCAAAAUAUAGUAGACUUCAGUAAAAGUGAAGAGCCUUCUGCUUCCUUUGUCCCAACAUUAGCUGACUCUGUUUGUGGCAACUACAAAGAACAUAGUGACCCUAGCAUGGGGCAUGAAACCAAGGCAGAUGCUGCAACACUGAGCAGGGAUACAGAGAUAAGUGCAAGUGCUUCCGUGUGCCAUGGACCACAUUCUGGAGACUCUGUUCAGGAUUCUCUAGAUUGUAAAAACUGCAAAUUCGAUACGGAGAAUUUGAGAGGUAAUCAUGCAAGCCAAAAAAAUGCUGUAAAAGAUAGCUGUGACUCUUUUACAAGCUUAAACAACAGUGAUGACACCUGGACCUGCUCUAGCAAAAUUUCAGCGCUUGAGACACACAUCUCACCCAGAAACCAGGAAACAGAACCAUGUCCUGUCUCGCCAAAUACUAAGUGUAUGCCACGCUAUAUCCAGAUCCCAGAUUCCCACGGUAUCCCCAAGACUUAUGCUAACUUUACUAUAACAAAAGAGUUCAAAGAUACCACAAGAAGGUUGCAUAGCCUGAAGAGGCAUCGGAAUUUGAGUGCAAACUGUGACCUUCUAAGUUCCUGGACUAGCACCUGGCAUGUAGCAGAUGACCUUACUCAGAAUACAUUAGACCUAGAGUACUUGCGUUUUGACCAUAAGCUAAAACAAAUAAUAAAGAAGGGAGAUUCUCAGCAAUCUUCCCCUUCCAACAACAUCUUCCCUAAGGAAUCACGCAUGCAAUUCUCAGUUGGAACACUCCCUUCCACACAAACACCUGAGGCCUCGGGUCUGCAUCUUCCACCCAAGAACAGAAGCCCCAUUUUGGUGACAGUUGUACACUCAGACACCAGGCAGCAGAAUCAUCAUCACAGAAGAAGCUACUCACACAGCAGUCUGGACAGUGCUGCUGCUUUUUGGAAGGAAAAAUGUAGCCAAAGUAGAAAUCUUAAAAAUUCUGAAAGAAGUCAGACUGUUCCAUUCCACCUCAAUAAACUGAAAUACAACAGUACUUUUAAAGAAUCUAGAAAUGAUAUUUCACUUAUUCUAAAUGAAUAUGCUGAAUUUAAUAAGGUAAUGAUGAAUAGCAACCAAAUUGUUUCCCAAGAAAAAGAGUUAAAUGCAGCUUCUGCAGAAGCUGUGUCCCAGGAGACAUACCAGCCAAGACAGUCGGUAUCCUACAGAGAUGUGAUUACAGACUUGUGUGCCACUCUGCAUGUCAAACUAAAAGGAGUUAUGAGAGAGGCUUGUAAGAGCCCUUUCUGGUUCUACCUCGUUGAAACAGAAGAUAAGUCAUUCUUUUUAAGAACAAAGAGCAUUCUAAAGAAAGGAGGCCAUACAGAAGUUGAACUUCUGGAUUUCUGUCAAGCUUUUCACAGAGAAAAUGAGACACUAUUAGUUAUUAUCAAAAAUGAAGACAUGAUAGCACAUUUACAUCAAAUUCCUUCUCUACUGAAGCUAAAGCACUUCCCCAGUGUCAUCUUUGCUGGAGUGGACAGCCCUGAAGACAUUCUGAAUGACACCUACCAAGAGCUGUUUCGGUCAGGCGGCUUUGUGGUAUCAGAUGAUCAUGUACUAGAAAGUUUAUCUUUAGUUCAACUGAAGGAGGUGCUCAAAACCCUAGAAAAACUAAAUGAAAACAGCAGGUGGAAGUGGCUGCUUCACUACAGAGAGAACAAAAAGCUCAAGGAAGAUGUCAGGGUAGAUUCAAUAGCACAUAAAAAGAACUUAAUUCUAAAGUCAUAUCAGAGUGUAAACAUCAUUGACUUACUUCAUUAUCACAACUGUGAUUCUCCAUCAUCAACAAAAGCUGAGAUUUUGAAAUGCUUGUUAAACCUGCAAAUUCAACAUAUCAGUGCCAGGUUUGCUGUCUUCCUAACAGACAAGCCUGCGGUCUCUACAGAAAUCUUUGAAAAUCAUGGCAUCCUCGUUACAGAUGUAAACUACUUCACUGAAAAUAUACAAAAGAUAGCAGCUCCAUUUAGGAGUAGCUAUUGGUGAUUUUGGAGUUGAGACUAGAUAUGGAGUACAACAACAAGAAAGUCAUGUUUUCCUGUGUCUGAAAAACUCCAAAUACAUACAGACAGCUCUCAGUGAAUAAUCAAUGUUUCGUUUCUCCUACUUCGCUGUAAUGUCUCAUUUCAUCAUGGAGGGUAGUCGCCAUUAACUUUGGGUUAUAAUGUUGAAUAUUGUAAGUUACUUUUAACCUAAACUUAAUGCGCUCAAAACUACUGAGCUAAAUAUCAAAACUCAAGAACCUCACGUUUAUGUGGCUACAGCUAAAUCUAUUUUGACAAAUGGCUGUUUUUGCGUGUGGUCAGAGGCUUAUGAACCGCAUGUUUCAGAGGUUUUGCCACACUGUAGAACGUAUAGUCUGUAAUGGUUGUUUGCUGUUACAUAAGAAACACUACAUAGUAAAGACUUUUUUUUUCAUAAAUGACAAAUUUCUACACUUUUACACUUGGUUUUUUAAUGCAGCACUACAAAAAAAAAAUCAAUUGAGGAAGAAAUCCUUUAUUUAUGGUAUUAGAAAUUUCUUAAAUCUUUAAAAUACAAACAAGAAAAAAACCAUUUGUAUACUAUCUAUUUGGAACAAAGGCUUUUAUACCUAGUUUGGGUUUUUUUGUUGUUGUUUUGUCUUUUUUUAAAUAAAGACAUUAAAAAAAGCAGUCGUUUGUAGUUUCUGUGCAAUGUAUUAGCAAGAUUUAAGCCAUCACCAGGAUACCUUUAGGAAAGAAUGCUCCUUCUAGGUCCUUGGUUAUAUUUUAUUGCCCUCUAGUAGUUACUCGUGGUCUUUUGCUUCCUAAAGCUAUGCAUGGUGCAGAAAGGAAAGUAUUAACUUGCUCUCAAUGUGGACAGCAGAGUUGAGGUCACAAAGUAAAGGAGGAAAACACUGGGGUAACACCAAUCUUAGUGACCUUAAGUAGGGGACUACAAAACAUGAAACUAACCGGUUGGUGCUUGUCCAGUACUUAGUGAUAGACAGGACAGGGUGAGGGAGCACGACUACUAAGGUCACCAGUAACUAAUGAAAUGCAACUACUGAAGUGAAGCCAGGAAAUGGCUCCCAUCCCAAAUCUUUCUUGCCUCUUCAGCAGUUGUUCUGUAGUCUGCAUGUGCAGGACAUAGACACACAAUACCAAAAGCAGUGGUUUCCAGAGUUUGGCUUUAUUUUGCAGUACAGAAAUCAUUUGGAGCCAUUUUGGAACAGACAUCAUCGAAAUUGAGGCUCUGUCAAAUCAAUACUGCAUUGCAGCUUGGUCCGUUGAAGAAGCCAUACCUGGGAUAAAAGGUGCUUCUAUAUUUUUACCUGCUUUCCCUUUCUCAGCAAUUGUAGGUUAAAAUACCACAUAUUGGCUUCUCCAAACAACUCCCUAAGUCUGAAGUUUGGUUAAAGUUUAUACCCACAUAAACAAAACAUGUGGCUCUCCUAUCUGGGCCCUGCUGUAAUACUUGACAUAACAAAAUAGCGAAAACUGAACGUUUUCAGAAACCAAAGGAUAUUCAAUUUGACUCCCAAUAUCAGGAUGGCAACAAAUUGUAUGGAUCCAGCUCUUGGGCAACAUCA